AUGGAGAGAGAGGAGGUGAGGGAGAAUCCUGGUCAGGAAGAGGCUGUGAGAGGGAAGAGUGAAAGUGUGGUGUGUGAAAGCGCUGGGGAGGUGGGAGUUGGCAAGGAAGUAUAUAGUGGGGAGGGCAAUGGCGAAGAGGAGGGUUGUCAAGAGGGGGGGAAUAGCGGGUUGGGGGAUGGCCAGGAGGAGGAUGGUGAGAAGCGUAAUGGAGAGGAGCGGGCCGGUGAGGAGCGGGCCGGUGAGGAGCGGGCCGGUGAGGAGCGGGCCGGUGAGGAGAGGGAGGGUGUGGAGGGGGAGGGUGUGGAGGGGGAUAAGGGCGAGGACAGGGCCAAUGAGAAGGGGGAUGGUGAGACAGGAGACGGUCAGGAGGAGGGGAAUGGCAUGGAUGGGGCUGAUGGGGUGGGAGAUGGCGACGAGGAGGCAGAAGAGGAGAGGGGAGGUGAGAAGGGGGACGGCGAGGCCGGUUGCAAUCAGGAUGCGGAUAGUGAGGAGAUCAGAGAAGAUCAGGAAAGGGUCGGUGAGGGGGGAGGCAGUCACGAGAAAGGAAUAGGCGAGGAGGAGGGGGGCAGCCUCCUGAGGUGUAGUGUAGUUCCCUAUGAGUCCUACACAGAUGACCAUCCUUUCUCAGUGACCCACAGCAAGCCAGGCGGUUUGAAGACAACUAGGUUUCCUGGGGCAUCGCUGGAUCUGCAACAUCUCAGCACUCCCGGGACCCGGCCUUCAUCCGACCAUGAAGGCCGUCACUGGCAGCAAUCGCUGACCUGCACACUCAGGUCAGAAGACGGGUUACUGAGGAUGUUCCAGGUGAAGGGCAGAGCACCUGGGCAUUACUCCCAUCUACCACCCCACCCUGACCUCAGCAGGGCUGGGGCAUUGUGGUACCAGGCCGAUAUGGUUGACGGGCAACUCAUCAGCCACCUCCAGUGGCUGAGCAACGAGGUGGCACUGCCUGUCACUUCAGAGAUGGAGGCAGAAGAGGCAAGACUGAGGAGCUUCGGGAACUGGCCAUCCCACGCCACCAUUCAGCCAAUCCGUCUGGCCCAGGCAGGCUUCUUCUACACAGGUCACCAAGACAACGUAAGGUGUUUCCAUUGCGAUGGAGGACUCCGAAACUGGGAGCUGGGCGAUGACCCGUGGAUGGAGCACGCAAAAUGGUUCCCUCGCUGCCAAUACUUACUCCAGGUGAAAGGGAUCGAUUAUAUUAACAGCAUCCAGGAGUUGCACUCCAAUAUCUUGGAGUCAACGUUUAUCAGCCACCCUCUUCAGGUGUUCACAAUAGAUGAGGGUACGAUCCAAGGUGACUCCGAGGUACUUGGGGAAUUCUUCAUUCUUCACCCGCUUACCACAAAAGGACACUCGGAGCUUUCCAUUGACGAGCCGACUGCUGAGGUGAAAGGCAGUGACACAGUAAGUGGAAAUGCGCAGCUGCCUCCUCUCAUGCACUCCACCGUAGUUCAGAGGGCCCUGCAGAUGGGGUUUGAUGGCUGUAUGAUAGAGGCCCUGGUAAACAGCAAGUACCUGUUAACUGGGGUACAGUACGGCUCAGUCAGUGAAUUACUCUCAGACCUACUAGAAGCUGAGGAGGAAGAAGGAGAAAGGAGACAACCAGUAACAGGUACAACCAAAACCAUUGGUACUUUUCCUAACCCAAUGGAGAAAGAGUUAUGCUCUAUAGGUCAGUUACAGUCGCGGGUUAACCUGAAGUCAAGAGAAGGCAGCCGUGCUUCUAAUGGAAGGAGAGAGCCGUCAGCUCAGGAGCAAGGUUUGAGUGCUGAAGAACAACUCCGCCAGCUGAAGAAUGAACGCACCUGUAAAGUGUGCAUGGACAAAGAUGUCUGCAUUGUCUUUUUACCUUGCGGACAUCUGGUGGUGUGCAGAGAAUGCGCUCCAAACCUCCGGAGAUGUCCCAUCUGUCGAGCUCUCAUUAGAGGAAGUGUGAGGGCCUUCAUGUCCUAAUGAUCACAAUUGGAGGAGAGCCUACACACAGAGACACAAGCGACUACAAUUGGCAGAAUCUGGAACAAAAAACAAACUGCUGGAGGAACUCAACGGGUUGAGCACCAUCUACAGGAAUUUUCACAAUUAUCCUGAGACAGACAAUUAACACGAACAAAACGACACACAGAAAUACGCACAGAGUUUUGUAUGGUGCAAAUGAAUCCUGACCAUUUAGAGGGAAAGAAGUGAAUGUAGUUCUGAGGUAUGAUGAGGAAUACAAGCAUGUUUCAAUGAAACAUAGAACAUAGAAGACAGACAUUAGCAAUCAGAGUGUCUUUACAAUUGGAAUAAGUAUAGGAUAAUUGCAAAUUGACCUGGUUAACCAAAGACCCAGUGCUAAAGUCAUAGGAUUGUACAUCAUAGAAACAGGCCAUCUCAGCCCAACUCCUCAAUUUGACCAUGAUGCUUGUCUAAGCUUGCUUUAGGACUAUAUCCCUCUAGGCCUUUCCUAGCGAAGUACCUAUACAAAGGUAUUUUAAACAUUAUACUUGCAUUUGUGCCCUCCACUUCCUCUGACUGUUCAUUCCAGAUAAUCACUACCCUCUGUACCCUUCAGAUCUCUUUUAAAUGUCUCCUCUCCCCUUAAACCUGCGCCUUCUAGCCUGCCCAGAGAAAAAAAUUCAGACCAUCUCUUAUAUCUAUGCCCCUUUUAUAAACCUCUAUACUCUUCAAUCUUCUAUGUUCCAGUGUGAAUAAACCCAACCUAUGCAAUCUCUACUAAUAACUACAGCCCUCCAUACCAGGCAACAUUCUGAUCUUCUUCUGCACUCUCUCUAUUGCUACCACAUCCUUGUUGAUGGUUUGGCAACUGGAACUGUAAACAAGUGCGGCGUCAACAACAUCUUUCUUUUAGGAAGGAGAUGAGGAGCAUUUCUUUAGUCAGAGGGUGGCGAAUCUGUGGAAUUCCUUGCCACAGAAGGCUAUGGAGGCCAAGUCAGUGGACAAUUUUAAGGCAGAGAUAGAUAGAUACUUGAUUAGUAUAGGUGUCAUAGAAACAUAGAAAACAUAGAAAAUAGAUGCAGGAGUAGGCCAUUCGCCCCUUCGAGCCUGCACCGCCAUUCAAUAUGAUUAUGGCUGAUCAUCCAACUCAGUAUCCUGUACCUGCCUUCUCUCCAUACCCCCUGAUCCCUUUGGCCACAAGUGCCACAUCUAACUCCCUCUUAAAUAUAGCCAAUGAACUGGCCACAACUACCUUCUGCAGCAGUGAAUUCCAGAGAUUCACCACUCUCUGUGUGAAAAAGGUUUUCCUCAUCUCGGUCCUAAAAGAUUUCCCCCUUAUCCUUAAACUGUGACCCCUUGUUCUGGACUUCCCCAACAUCGGGAACAAUCUUCCUGCAUCUAGCCUGUCCAACCCCUUAAGAAUUUUGUAAGUUUCUAUAAGAUCCCCCCUCAAUCUUCUAAAUUCUAGCGAGUACAAACCGAGUCUAUCCAGUCUUUCUUCAUAUGAAAGUCCUGACAUCCCAGGAAUCAGUCUGGUGAACCUUCUCUGUACUCCCUCUAUGGCAAGAAUGUCUUUCCUCAGAUUAGGAGGCCAAAACUGUACGCAAUACUCCAGGUGUGGUCUCACCAAGACCCUGGACAACUGCAGUAGAACCUCCCUGCUCCCAUACUCAAAUCCUUUUGCUAUGAAUGCUAAGAUACCAUUUGCCUUCAGAGGUUAUGGGCAGAAGGCAGGAGAAUGGGGUUAGGAGAGAUAGAUCAGGCAUGAUUGAAUGGCGGAGUAGACUUGAUGGGCCAAAUGGCCUAAUUCUACUCCUAUCACUUAUGACUUCAUAACAAUUUGUACAACGGCAACAUGACGUCCCAUCUCUUAUACUCAAUGCCACGGCCUAAGAAGGCAGACAUAACAAAUGCCUUCUUCAUUGCCUUAUCACCUGUGUCUCCACUAUGGUCUUGCAACCCAAGGUCCCUGCCAGUUACUGCCCCACAGAAUUUGACUUUUCAAAUGACAGGAAAGAGAGAACAUAUGGCAAGUGUGUGAGUCAUAACAAAGGAGAAACAAGUUAAAUACAGGAGAACUGAAAAAAAUGACCUAGGGUAUAGAUUCUCAGCUACAAAAAUCAAAAUGAUUUUAUGAACGUAUAAAUUACAAAAUAUAAAAGAGCUGUCAAAAUGUAAAUCUUGGCGGGGAGCUGGAGUAUUAGAUGUAUAUCGGAAAUGGGAAUGUAAUUGUAGUGGAGCGGGUACAGAUGAGAUUCACCAGCAUCUUAUGGUUCAGUUACAAGGUGAGAGUGAAGAGGCAGGGUCUGUUUUCCCUGGAGAGACGAGAUUGAGGGGAGAUGAAUGAGGUGUAUAAAAUUAUGAGGAAUAUGGAUAGAAUAGACUGCAGGAAUCUUUUGCUCAUAUCAGUUAGAUAAAGCUAGAUGACAUGUAAGUGGGAAGACAUUUGGAGGUGCUCUGAGGGGGACCUUUCUCAUCCAGCUCAUAACCUCUGACACCUAUACUAAUCAAGUGAGCACCAGAGAAUUGUGGCAGCUGGUCGCCGACAGCGUUAAAGCCAAGUGCUGGAAGAUGGGAUUAAUACGGCCAGGUGCCCACUGGUCAUUGUGGAUGUGCUGGGCCUAAUGAUCAGUUUCCAUGCUGAAUGAGUCAAUAACUACUGGAAAUACUUAACAUUCUCAACAUCAGCAGAGCGAGAAACAGUGUGAAACUCGUGCAGCUUUCGGACUUUUAUGCCAUGAAUAUAUCACGUUUUUGUAACAAAAGUAAAUGCUUUGCAAGGUACCUGAGUGGGCAACGAGCAGGCUGACGAUUUGCUAAAAGUGGAUGAGGAGGAGGCACUCGAAGGGUUAGCACUUCAGAGUGGGUGAACUGAAUCCUCGUUUUCUGAGGCUGGGCAGCUGGAAAUAGGAAAGAAUGCUGUUGCACUCUUCUUAAACACAAAGCCAGCCUGGUAGCCCAAACAUGAAGCCUCUUUCCUAAAAAAAGAUUGAAAUAAGCUUGGAACGUACAGGCAAAUGGUGGUGGAAAGAUAGCCUCAUUAAUUUGGGUUAAAAUUGCCGCAUAAAAUAUGGUAAGCGCAAUUUAGUUACAAUUUGUUAAAUGCACCUUAUGUUUUAUGAGUUCUUGAUGAAGUGAUGGGGUGGGUAGAGGAUGGAAAUAGUUUGCUGUUAAUUAUGGACUUUCAAAUAUGUCUGAUGUAUUGGACCAUAUAGUAAAAUUAAAACUCAUUGGAUUAAAGAGAUAAUGACCACACUAAUGUAAACUGGCUGUGGAACAGAGAGAGCACAAUGGGGAAUAUGCAGACAUUUACACUUUUUGAUAGUGAUAAAUGGCCUUCAUUGGACAUACAUUUAACAUCCAAAGCAUGCAAAUUAUACGUGUGGGAAAUGUAGUAACAUCGAGGAGGAUAAUGAAGUGGCCAGAAACAAUGCAGAAUAAACUUAAUGCCAAAUGCUUAACUGAAACAGGCACAGGAUCACAGAGAUCUGGGGUGUGUCAUGCAUUCUUGGUCCGUGGAUGAUGAGAUGUUUAUUGAAGGUUUUUUUGUUUCUAGGACUUUUGUAA